CGGCCGGGAGCGCGCACAGCAGAGCGUCAGUGCGCGUUCUCUCUCUGGCGGCUGAUGCUGAUGCUCAGAGGACACGGAGUGAUUCGAGCAUCACCGGGAAGCGACUGAAUUAUCGUGCCAAAAUCUUCGGGCUUCGGUAGGAUGCGUCAGGACGGAUCCAUGCAGAUGGCUGCGGCACAGAAAGAAGGAUCUGACCAGAACUUCGAUUACAUGUUCAAACUGCUAAUCAUCGGCAACAGCAGUGUAGGAAAGACGUCGUUUCUCUUCCGGUAUGCUGACGACUCCUUCACGUCAGCAUUUGUGAGUACGGUGGGCAUCGAUUUCAAAGUCAAAACCGUCUACAAGAACGACAAGCGAAUCAAACUGCAGAUAUGGGAUACUGCCGGGCAGGAGAGAUACCGCACCAUCACCACGGCGUACUAUCGUGGAGCCAUGGGCUUCAUCCUCAUGUAUGACAUCACCAACGAGGAGUCGUUUGGAGCCGUCCAGGACUGGUCAACCCAGAUAAAGACGUACUCCUGGGACAAUGCACAGGUCAUCCUGGCGGGAAAUAAGUGUGACAUGGAAGAGGAGAGAGUGGUGUCUGUGGAAAAUGGGAGAAUGCUGGCAGAGCAGUUGGGUUUUGAGUUUUUCGAGACGAGCGCCAAGGACAACAUCAACGUGAAGCAGACCUUUGAGCGUCUGGUGGACAUAAUCUGCGACAAGAUGUCGGAGAGUAUAGAGACUGACCCCGCCGUUACCACCGGAGCCCAGGGAACGGCCCGGUUAACGGACAACCCUCCUCCACUACAGCAGCCUAACUGUGCCUGUUAGUGCUCAGUCUACAUGGUAGCAUAAGUGUGUGUGUGUGUGUGUGUGUGUGUGUGUGUGUGUGUGUGUGACACCCUUUAGAUGGAUGCAUAUAUCCUUUAAUGUCAUAGAAUGCAGGUGCUGGAACAACCUGAAUCUGAUUGGUGCAUGCCAGGAGUCAUGUGACCCAUAUACAACUACACCCAAUGGGAACAGAGCUGUCUCAAGCAAUGGCAAGCAACUUUUCAGUGUUUUAGAAACCAGGAUAGAUAUUAAUAGACUGAAAAAAUGAUUUCUUUGGUCAUCGGUUUUCAGUAUAGGUGGUUCUGUUGCGCCACUAGAGGGCGUUCACACAGGACACUUUCUUGCAGGAGUCUUUUUUAAAAUGUCUGAUGCACGUGAAUACAGACCAAGCGAACAUGUAGUGUACUUUGAACGCUCCUUUAGCCUGUUUUGUUCCAGCACCUCUGCACUAGAGUCACGUCUGUCUAUACGGUGCCUAGUUCAUUCUGACACACUGCUUUCUUUACUGUCAAUCAAAGUCUUAACGGCCUUUACAGCACUGUUAGUCAAGACCUCGCCCACAAGCAUGUUUAUCGCAUUUCGCUAAGCUCCGCGCCUCUUUCUAACGUGAACGGAAAGAAACUGGAUUUUUUUUUUUUUUGCCAGAGAUUUAGAUAAUUAGGAAGAUAUUGUAAUUAUUAACAACAUGAUUUUUUAUCAAGCUGCUUUGAAACGAUGUAUAUUGUGAAAAGUGCUAUAUAAAUAAAUUUGACGAGUUGAUUCUAAAUUUACACAUUUUAAAUUUCCAAACAUUUUAAUAUAAUUACAUUAUCACACAGGACUUCCAUAGAACACAGCUACAGCUUGCCUGGCAACAGUUGGAAAGGUGUGAUUGGUCAGAAUUUUUUUUAAAGGCGGGGCUUAGCAGAGGGUCAGGCGCUCAAAGGAAGGGACCUAAAGCACACACACACACGCAACUCCCUGUUUUUGUAGAUCAGGAAUUCAUCUCAUAUUAAACUAGUCAAAAUUUCCCAUCUUGCGGCGGCAGUGAUAUCAGCUGCAUAACUGCAGUGUGUGUGUGUGUGUGUGUGUGUGUACGCUGUAGAUUAUUAAAGAAUAUUAAAGUCACCUAUAUGAAUACAUGAUAUAUCUAGUGUACAUAGGUUUGUAUAUACCUCAGUCAGAUGAAUAUAAUGUUGUGGAUUCAAGUAGCUGUUCAAUACAGGGAAAAAAAAAGUGCAUUAAAUUGUUCUACGCAUUUAAUUUGAUCAUUGUAAAUGAAUUCACGCUGACUUGAUGAAGAUAUGAGAUAUUUAUUUAUCUAUUUAUUCAAAGCAAACAGACUUUACAGUGAGAAAAAGAUGAGCUGAGUGUGUCUGAAAAAGAAACGUUCUUCUAGAUGAAGUGGAGUUUGUGUUUUUUCCCCCCAAACCCUUUUUUUCUCCAUUUCUAUUUUCUGUUUUAUUGCUGUUGUCGGUUGUUUUUCUCUGCUGGCUAAAAAGCUACUUUGUGGAGGACGUGAUUUGCUGUCCCUGCUCUUAUCUUGUGUUACGCUCACGGCCGGAGAGGAUUCAGUGAUUUUAGAUGUUAUAAGGAAUCUGAGUCGGGUCGAAGCUCGCUGGAGCUCGUCUUGUAAAAUGAUGCAGUAAUAGCCAAGGGAAUGUGUCGGGCAGCUAUUUUCAGAAGUGUAUCAAUAUUUUAUCCGACAAACCUUACAUGACUUUGGCCGUGGAUGGAAAUUUUUUAAAUGUUUGAGUCAGAAAUACUGUAAGGAAGAGCAGUUCUAGGGUGAACGUCUGGAAAUCUGACAAUAUUCAGAUAAUAUUUCACCUCAAAAUGAAACAUUUUCACAUUUUUUUUACAGUACUAUUUAUCUAUCUAUAAACCGAUCAGGCAUAACAUUAUGAGCACUGACAGGUGAUGUGAAUAACACUGAUUAUCGGUCAGUAUCUAUCAAAAGUGGUCCAAGGAAGGAACAGUGGUGAACCAGCGACAGGGUCAUGGGCGGACAAGGCUCUUCGAUGGCUGGCCCGUGUGGUCCGGUCCAACAGACGAGUUGCUGUAGUUCAAAAUUGCUCAUGAAGUCAAUGCUGGUUCUGAUAGAAAGGUGUCAGAAUACACAGUGCAUCACAGUUUGUUGUGUAUGGAGCUGUAUAGCCGCUGACCAGUCAGGGUGCCCAUGCUGACCCCUGUCCACCACCGAAAGCGCCAACAGUGGGCACGUGAGCAUCAGAACUGGGGAACACAUGGCACCAGGAUGCACUGUGGGAAGAAGGCAAGCUGGCGGAGGCAGUGUGAUUCUUUGGGCAAUGUUCUGCUGGGAAACGUACCUCCUACCUAAGCAUUAUUGCAGACCAUGUAUUCCCUGGUGGCUGUGGCCUCUUUCAGCAGGAUAAUGCGCCCUGCCACAAAGCAAAAAUGGUUCAGGAAUGGUUUGAGGAGCACAACAACGAGGUUGAGGUGUUGACUUGGCCUCCAAAUUCCCCAGAUCUCAAUCCAAUGGAGCAUCUGUGGGAUGUGCUGAACAAACAAGUCCGAUCCAUGGAGGCUCCACCUCGCAACUUACAGGACUUAAAGGAUCUGCUGCUAACAUCUUGGUGCAGAUACCACAGCACACCUUCAGGGGUCUAGUGGAGUCCAUGCCUCGACGGGUCAGGGCUGUUUGGCAGCAAAAGGAAGACCAACACAAUAUUAGGAAGGUGGUCGUAAUGUUAUGCCCAAUCAGUGUAUAUAUAAAUAUAUAUAUAUCAUAACCACCAUAAACAUUGAGGGGGACAAGUCCCCCCCAAUAAUUAGAAAUGGCCAAAUUGUCCCCCCUAAUAUGUGAUAUUAUUGAUGCUGCUCUGCUGUACUCCAUUACGCACCGCUCUGUUUGUCGUUAGGAUGACAAAACAAGUUUUAAAAGUUACAUUUUUAGGCUGGUCUGUCUAACAGCACUGUCAGAAUGAGUGAGCUGGCCAAUCAAAUCAAAGAAGGCGGGGCUUACCAUUCACAGAAGACUAAUGUGGGUUUCGUUUUAGCAGUGAAAGAGUAUGUGGCAUGUAGCUAAACUUUUAAUAUUUGACGAUAUUGUUUUAUGAUUGGACAGUAAUAUCCAGUAACUACUCAAAAUAUUUAUGAAAUUUCGCUGUUUUGAAUUGAAAACAUGCUAUUAUUUGAUUAGUAAUAUUCAUGUGAUGUUUUGCGUUUUUGAUAUAUUAGAUAUACAAAUAAGAGUGAAUAUAUAUAUAUAUAUAUUUAUUUAUUUUUUUUUAAUAAAUUGAUUACUUAAUAACUACAAUAGACCUGGAACUUUGACCGUUCUUAUUCCCUUAAAUCCCUUUUAAUCUUUUAAUUAUUUAAUUCCUUUUAAUUAAAAAAAUUACCCAAUAACACAUCGGGGGAAAAAAUCAAUAUAUAUAUAUAUAUAUAUAUUUUUUUUUUUUUUUUCUCAAAUCAACACAACUUAUAAUAUUAAAACAGAUUUUCAUGAUGUUUAAAUACUUAAAAAGUAAAUACUAAUAUAAAGAUUUUAUUUGCAUUAUUGUAAUGAGAAUUUGGGACAAAAACACACUAAAUUAUCAUUAAUAUAAAAUGCACAACAACAACAAAAGACCCUAUUGGUCUUAAAAAUGGGCUUCAUUCUCUCUAUAUAAAAUAUAAUUUCUUAUCUUUCUUUUUUAUUUCAUUUUGGGCUGAAAUAUGACCUGCACACGUUCCUGACAGGUUUCAUGCGAUUCAUCGAUCUAUUUGUUUCUCAUCCCUAGAGAUUGUCCGACUUCCAUUGUGAUGUAUAAUAAUCUAGGUAGAAUUACGGUAAACUAGCCCUUAAAUGAUAAAACUACAUGGUGUGGUCUGUUUAUAUGUGUGGUCUUGUGAGUGUAGUACAUAAAGAAGCCUCUAUAACGUUAGGCCGACCAUAUAUCCGGCAUUAUUUAAAACAUAUCAUGGUCACAGGUGUACUGUAGACUGAAUUCGCCGGUACUUAUAUUGCUAAUAGUCCAUUGAUGUGUCCUCAGAAUAUAGAAAAUCAGUACUUUGUUUCCCCAGCACAAGCCACGUUUAGCAUCGUCCCUGCAUGAAACUGUAUGACAUCUCUAUUUAGAUACCUGUAUCUGUAUAAUCUUAUUUAUUUGUUCAUUUAUGCGUCCCUCGGUAUGUGGGGCGCAGUGGGCCAGCAAGUGCAAUAUUUCGAAUCCCUAUCUCUUGUAUAUAGUUGAAUGACUGUGUGUGUGUGUGUGUGUGUGUGUGUGAGUGUGUGUGUGUAGAGCGUCUCGAUGUGCCAUGCUGAUUUUGCACACUAUCUUAACCCACGUGUGGAUGAUCGCUCUGCCUCACCUUCAACUAUCUUUGUGCUGACAUUAACACAAAAUACUGUGGAGUUACAUAUAGGUGUGUGUGUGUGUGUGUGUGUGUGUGUGUGUGUGUGUGUGUGUGUGUGUGUUGGUGUAUAUACUAGUAUCUUGUUGCAAGUCAUCUCUGUGGUUUUUCUUUGUGUUUGUGUGUAAAUCUCAUUCAGUUAGAGCAUGCAUAGGGCUAUAAGAAUCACUCUACUGCAAAAGAGUAUUCAGUAGUUUUAUAAUAGCUGCAUUUCAGGUGUACAGCAUGCAUAAAAACUGCUUUUUAAAUAUGAGCUCAAAAAAAGGAGUGAAAAACAUCUAAAUAUAGGCUAUAGAAAAAAGUACUUGUACUAUAGUUCAGUAUCAGAUGGUAAUGAUACCUGUUGAUUCUACCAUGCUACAUGUCCAAAAAAACAUGGUACUUUAUGUUUAGAAAAGUAAACCUCUUUGUUUGAAUGAUUUAUUGUCAUAAUUGUGUCAUUAACACUACAGAUUUCAUGUAGGAACUCGUGUAGGAACAUAAUUAUGUUUAUUUUAAUUUUCUUCAAUCAUCUGUGGCGGUAAGCUACACGUGUAAAUACUAAUAUAAAGAUUUUUAUAUUAGUACUACUGUAUUGUCCACGAAAUGCGGUUUUAUUUUAAAUUUUGUGGUUUUAUUUUAAAUAUUUUAUUUAAAAAAGCUGGUUUGUGUGGAAAAAAAAAUCUGUUGGACCUAACUUGUGAUAUAUCCGCAGUGAUUUCUAAUAUUUUAGCUGAAGGAAUCACUCUAGAGCUGGUUAUUCUGUAUGUGUGGAGUGUGUAUGACAAACGUGUGUCGAUUACUGUUGAAAAUAUCAAUAAAUAUUCCUAUUGUGUUGAUA